AUGUUCAGCGCACUCAACCGCUUCAUGUCCCGCUUGGACGGAGAGCAGCCCACGCAACAAAGUCGCGGGGGUUCCUUUGGCUUCCAGGUCCUGCGCAACACAAAUCUAGAGCUCUCCGUCGAGCCGUGGUUCGAUUUCAUCAUUGGCAUCAACGGCAGGCCCCUCGAUAGCCCCAACGCCGCCCUCUUUGCACAAGAAGUCCGCAACUGCGCCGGCGGCUCCGUGUCGCUCGCCCUCUGGAGCGCCAAGGGCCAGCGCACGCGCGAGCUCCACAUCCCCGUCCCCGCCGACUCGGCCUCCCUCGGCCUCAGCCUGCAGUGGACGGCGCUCGCCGUCGUCGCCAACAUCUGGCACGUCCUCGACGUCGCCGCCAACUCGCCCGCCGACCUGGCCGGCUCCUGCCCUACAGCGACUACAUCUCGCGAGCCCCGAGGGGGCGCUGCACGGCGAGAGCGGCCUCAGCGAGCUCGUCGACGACUUCAUCGGCCGGGCCGCUGCGGCUGUACGUCUACAACAACGAGUACAAUGUCACGCGCGAGGUCACGAUCCAGCCGAGCCGCGAGUGGGGCGGCGAGGGCGCCCUGGGCUGCGUGCUCGGGUACGGCGCCCUGCACCGCCUGCCAGCGCCGCUGA